AAAUAAGCAGUUUCAUUUUCUAAAGUGAGUUCGAUAUGCUGUGGAAAAAUUUUUCUCCGUUUUUUUUAUACUCAGUUUUAAGGUGGUACUAUUUGAAAACACUUUUCCAUCAGAAAGCUAAAGCUGUCUUAAGGAUUUAUUUGUGAUUAAGGUUCGCUUAGAAAGAAAAAUGGCUGCCAUUCCGUCAAAGAAUGAUGAUGUGAAAAGCAGAAUCUCAAAACUGUUUUUUGAGGAAUCCCUUUGUGAUGUGACGUUUUUGGUCAAUGAUCUGUCUCAUCGAUGCCACAAGCUAGUACUUGCCAGUGGAAGUAAAGUGUUUGAAGCCAUGCUGUACGGUAAGAUGGCAGAAAAUGAAAGUGAAAUCCGAAUACCGGAUGUUACAGAAACAGGAUUUCGCAUAAUGCUUCGAUACCUAUAUACAGACACUGCAAAAUUCGAAAAUGAGUUUCAAGCAUUUGAAGCAGCUUACUGUGGCAAGAAGUAUCUAAUAGAUAAUUUAAUUGAGCUUUGCGAAAGUUAUUUGCUUUCUCACGCAGUUUUAAGCUUCGAAACAGUACUCUCCCUUUAUGAAAAAGCUGCUUUUUUGGAGUUGAAAAAAUUACAAAAUCGUUGUCUCAGUUACGUGUCUCGACAUGCUUCUAAAAUUUUGAUUUCUUCAAGCAUGCUUUUCAUUUCAAUAGCAACUUUUCAAAGAAUCCUGGAAUUAGAAUUCAUGGAUAUUAAAUCUGAGAAAACAAUCAUAGAAUCUCUAUGGAAGUGGGGAGAAGAACAAUGCAAAAAGAGAGGUGUAGAUAAAUGUACCAAAAAUAUUCGAAAUUCAAUAGAAGAUCUUCUGAAAUAUGUUCGUUUUUUAACACUUGGUUUCGAAGAACUGGAAGAUGUUUUUCAACAUUAUGAUUUAUUAGAUAACUCUGAGCAGUUGGCUAUUCUUUGGAAUAUUGCGAUGUCAAAUAGAAAGGAAUCUGUUCGACUGCCAUCAAACUUAUGUGUAGAAUUUAAAAAUAGGUCCAUAAAAAGUGCAUCAAGAUUAAAAAUACCAACUAAAUAUAGAUAUAAUGAAGACAUCAUGAGGAUCUCAACUAAACGAUUCAAACAAUACAUUCGUUUGUCUGUUGAAGGAUCUGGCAUCACAAUGUAUGGCCUGGUCGUGGCCAUGAAACCAAUUCCCUGUUAUUCUUUUUCUCACAUACAAUUAAAAAUUGAUAUUACGUUGUAUAACGAGACAACAAAACAAUAUUCAAGAGCAAAAAUAGUCAAAAAAGCUGACAAUCAGGAAUGUAAUGAUCAAAUCGAAGAAGUUUUAUUCGAUGAAUUUCUGCGUCUUGAUGAUGGGGACAUAGGUAGUUUAACAGUAGAAACUACUGGAGAAGGUGUGAAAAUUAUGGAAUUCACAAAAGAAGAAUUUACGCUUAAGUCGGCCAGUUCUGUAAUGAAGUGCAAUUUCAAGGUAGAUGAUAGAAGCAGUCUGUUGUUUCCUGUUAAAGAAUUAAUUUGCAUCCCUGAUUGAAAAAAAAAUUAUUGCAGGAAAAAUAAAACUAUAUUUUUUUAGGGUGAAAUUUAAUAAUAAAUCAAUGAUUGACUAGAUGAUGAAUUGGUUUCAGCACUGAACCCAGUAAUUCAGUAAAACCAGCAAUACGAAAAACACGUUUUUUUCAUUUAGAGAAGUUGAAUUGUGUCCAGUCAUCAUCAAAUAAAUACCAGUAAUCAUCAAAUUACUGUCACAGUUACCGGUUGGUAAAAAUGAAUUGACUUCAGCAUUGAAUCCAAUAAUUUAAUAAAUCAAGAGUCACAAAAAAAACGUUUUUUUAUUUUUUAUUGGUAGAAAUUGAAUUGUAUCCCUCAUCAAAUCUCUGUCACAGUUACCGGGAGGUAAAAAAUGAAUUGAUUUCACCACUGAAUCUAGAAUAAUGUCCAGAAAUCUACUAACAUCUAAACGUUAAGGCGGCUCUAGUGUAAUUUGGCUUUACAUUUAAUAAAACAAUUUAAACAAGAAUUUCAAAAGAAAAUUAAAAAAGUGAUGCACCGAAAACUCUCUAAAUUGAAAGGGAAAAAAAAUAUCCGUCGGCUACCUUUAGCAUAUCAAUUUAAAUAUCGAAGACACAUUUUUGGUACAUCAAUAACAUAUUCGUUGUAAUAUGAAUAAACAUCUAGCUAUAAUAAUAUAUUAACAAAGGAAAAAAAUCGUGGCAAAGAACAAGACAAUUAUUAAUAUAUACAAGAUA